GCUUGUUUCAAACUUAAGCUAUGUAACUUAAGCAAUUGGAAGGCUCUCGAGUAGAUUGGCAAGUUUUGUGCGUUCAAGUCUGUUGAAACAGCCUCGCAACGUAAUUAUUUUUACUGUAAAGCCGCUUUUUGUUCACAUAUUGAAGCUCGGCAUAUUUAGUUUUGUUCAUUUCGGUUUCCGUCGCUUUCGAUGCUGACGUCAUCUCGGGAAGAUGACGGCGAUGACUGCGAGCUGUGUGUAGCGCUGUGGUUUUGGGAAUCGAACUGUUCUAUGCUCGAUUAAGUUGUUCCCGUAGUUUCAGUGAGCGUAAAAUAUAUGGCAAUGGCUAGCGCGGCUGGCUCAUCGAGGGCCGAAUUUAUUGUCGGUGGAAAAUUCAAAUUGGUUCGCAAAGUCGGAAGCGGCUCCUUCGGGGACAUCUACCUGGGAAUCAACAUGGUGAACGGCGAGGAGGUUGCAGUCAAGAUGGAAUCUACCAAGGCGAGGCAUCCACAGCUGCUGUAUGAAAGUAAACUGUACAAGAUAUUGCAAGGCCACGAAGGGAUUCCUCACACAAGGUGGUUUGGCACUGAAAGAGAUUAUAAUGUGCUUGUGAUGGACCUGCUGGGCCCUAGCUUGGAAGACCUGUUCAACUUCUGCUCCAGACGUUUCACCAUGAAGACAGUGUUAAUGCUGUUUGAUCAGAUGAUUACCCACAUUGAAUAUGUGCACAAUAAAAAUUUUAUCCACAGAGACAUCAAGCCUGACAACUUUCUUAUGGGAAUUGGUGGUCACUGCAACAAGCUGUUCCUGAUCGACUUUGGGCUGGCCAAGAAGUACCGAGACAACCGGAACAAGCAGCACAUCCCGUACCGGGAGGACAAAAACCUGACGGGCACGGCUCGGUACGCAUCCAUCAACGCGCACCUGGGCAUUGAGCAGAGUCGCCGGGAUGACAUGGAGUCCAUGGGCUAUGUUCUUAUGUACUUCAACCGGGGUAGCUUGCCCUGGCAAGGUUUGAAGGCGGCCACGAAGAAGCAGAAGUACGAAAAAAUCAGCGAGAAAAAGAUGUCCACACCUGUCGAGGUGCUCUGCAAAGGUUUCCCGGCUGAGUUCACCAUGUACCUCAACUACUGCCGCGGCCUACGCUUUGAGGAGAUGCCAGACUACAAGUACCUGCGCCAGAUCUUCCGCAUUCUUUUCCGCACGUUGAAUCAUCAGUAUGACUACGUCUUUGACUGGACCAUGCUCAAGCAGAAGGCAGCUGCCUCAGCUGCUGCUUCAGGUGCCAUGGCUGGACAGCCCGGUGCUGCUGCAGUUGGCAAUACCACCUAGAUGCUCUCUCAAAUGAUGACCAUUGUGGAACAAAACUACACCUGAAAAGGAGGCCGCUAGGGUUUGGGGUCAAUGAAAUGGCCAUGAAUGAAGUUUGCUGAGUUUCACAUCUGGCUUGGUAGAUCCUGAGGUAGGCAUGCCUGUUCUAGCCCUUGCUGUUAAUCGUGUCACCAGGAGGGCCUCCAGAAGCCUGCUCUUGCUCCACGUGUUAAUCGUGUCACCAGGAGGGCCUCCAGAAGCCUGCUCUUGCUCCACGUGUGCACGUCUGUACAGAAUAAAGCUCGCUUCAGUUGACUUAACUGCUACUUGGGCUGCCAGGCACGGGUAUUUCCCUCCCUAGGCCGGCUCCAAAUCCUAGUGAUUUGGACAUAUCCCACCUUUCUUUUGAGCAGUUUUUUUUUCUUUUAUUAACGGGCACACUGUCAUGGCUUUUCUGGGCGAUAUGUGCACACUUUGUCCCCUUCGCCACCUUAAGAGACCUGGUGAGCUAACUGGAGUGCCUCUGCUAUUAUCUGAAGUGGUUUCGAUGGCAUAGCCAAGGUGGCCUGUUGCAAGGCACAUCACUAAGUGGUGCUCUUGGACAGCCGUAGUUUCUCUUUCCUCUUUUACUGCUUUGUUUGGCAUAUGCUGCUCUAAGCAGCUAAUGAGAGGCACAGCGUAUGGAGACAAAAGCUUUGGUGUAGUCUGAAUAGUGGCCCGACAGUGUUUCUUUUGAUGCAGCAUGUGAAAGUGCUUCCAGUUGGGCUAAGUGCCUGCCUGGAAUGCAUCCAUUUUGAAGAGUUGCCUGUGGUCAGUGUUUUUUUUUAUCCCUCUUCUGCUUUAUUUUAUGAAAAGCAAGGCUACUACUGAAGCUGUACAACAGAUUUUUUGCAUCAUGCAACUUUUUCACUCAUGCGGACAUAAGCUGGUUGCUACACAGUUCAUUAUCACAUGUGGGCGUUCUCAUUCUACUACUGUGUUGGCUGCUCCAUGAAACAACGAGAACUUCAUAGCAGAGGUUGGGAGAGCUGCAUAGGGGCUGUUGACCUUGAUAUUGAAGGUGGCGACACAGUGUACUUGAACAUUGAGACACCCAACUCUUAUGCACGUCAGAGUGAUACUGUCCACUGACAAAUGUAAGCAGCCUGGUGUGUCUCAUUAUUUUAAAAUGAAGAGUUGUUGAAAAUUAAGAGCAUCCUUGCCUCUCUCCCUGCUCCCCCGUUUUAGGGGAAAUAUUGAAGGUUUCAUUUCUCUUUAAAGUACUGAUCCAUUCUCUGUUGAACUCAAUAUGAAAACCAUGACCCCUGCCUGCUCUUAUGUUUAAGAGCUAAUGGAACAAUGUACAAUGAUUUGUUGCAUUUUGUAGGAGCCUGUCCGUUUACUCUGAAGCAAGAAUAGGUUCAGAUGAAAUGUUUGUCGUAUCUGGUUGUGCAAAUUAAUUUGACUGUGUUUGGAAUAAAUUCACCAACAAAAUGCA